GAGCGGCGCCAUGUCGAUCGGGGUCCCCAUCAAGGUUCUGCAUGAGGCCGAGGGCCAUGUGGUGACUUGCGAGACCAACACCGGCGAGGUGUACCGGGGCAAGCUGAUCGAGGCCGAGGACAACAUGAACUGCCAGAUGUCCAACAUCACAGUGACGUACAGGGACGGGCGUGUGGCACAGUUGGAGCAAGUCUACAUCCGCGGCAGCAAGAUUCGCUUCCUGAUCUUACCGGACAUGCUGAAGAACGCUCCGAUGUUGAAGAGUAUGAAGAACAAAAACCAGGGCACGGGGGCUGGCAGGGGGAAGGCUGCCAUUCUCAAAGCUCAAGUGGCUGCACGAGGGAGAGGCCGUGGCAUGGGCCGAGGCAACAUCUUCCAGAAGAGGAGGUGAGGUCCUGGCCAGAGGGUUUCGAGGAUCAUGCGACGCAUUUCUUAUAUAAUUCUGUACACUGACUGUGUUAUGUUGUGACUGGUUGAUAAUAAACUUUUUCCAUAAACUG